AUGUUCAUCCUAAUAAAUGAUAGCAAGCAAGGCUGUCUCAAAGUAUUUGGGGUGUUUGACGGACAUGGUCCAUUUGGACACAAAGUUUCUAAAUAUGUUCAAACUAAAUUCCUUACUGAGUAUAUUAUUCAAAAUGAUUAUCUGAAGCCUGAGAUGAUCAACACUCCUGAAAGAUUCGAAGAUAUUAAGAGAGAGCUCAUCAAUAUCUUUUUGGAUAUCCAGGAUGAACUGGAAGCCAAAUAACUUCCCUGAAGGAUUUGAAGAUGAUGAGUCUAUUUCUGGAACACAAAAUGAUAACGAUAUGAUAAGGAAGAUAUCAGAAGAAUCUGAAGAGGAAAAAGUUCCCAAAGAACACCAUGUAAACUUUAAAGAGUCAUCAUCGAUGAAGAGUGACAAGAGCUCAGACAAGGAUAUCAGAACAGGCAAUUUCAUUAAAGAUUCAAAUCUUUUCCAUCAUGAAGAGAAUCCCUUCCAGCAUGGAGAUUUGUCUCUGAGUGGAUCCACUUGAACACUGGCUUUUCAUAUCAACAGAAGAAUCAUCAUGGCCUAUGUUGGAGAUUCAUAUGCUUGUGUUGGAUGUAGAGGCAAGAGAUUUAAGAGUGGUGGAACAGCAAAUAUUGGCCAACAGAAAGGCAAGAAAGCUAUCUUGCUGAUGCCUCCAGAAAUGGAUCAUACUCCAAAGAACAUGGAAGAGAAAAUCAGGAUUUAUAAUUCUUCAGGAGAGGUAAGAGAGUCUGCUGUUGAUAAAAAGAGGAGGAUCUAUGUGAGAGCUAGAAUGUACCCUGGACUAAGUAUCAGUAGAUCUCUGGGGGAUGCCCUUGCUCAUGAAAUAGGGGUAGUCAGCACUCCUGAUAUCAUAGAGUACAAUACAGGAAGCGAUUUGUUCCUGGUUCAUGGUUCUGGAGGUCUCUGGGAUUUAUUGAGCGCAGAAGAAGUAGCUGAACUGGCCACUAGCUACCAGGAAAAUGGAUCUGUUGAUCCAAUCUGGACUAAAGUGAAAGACAGUUGACUAAAUGAUGGUGGAACAAUUGAUGAUGUUUCAUUAAUAGUAUCAUAUUUUAAUAGAAGCUAA